UCAAGUAGAAGAUUAGUUGGUUGGAUUUCUUCUAUUGGUAAUGAAAAUGGCGCAACUAGUAAUGUGUCGAGUAUUUGUCGUGUUUUCAAUCCUUUGGAUUUAAAGUGUAUAAUAUUAGUGUUCUCAAAAUCUAGGAAAGAACAUGAAUUGGCAAUUGUUUAUUUAAAUAUAUCAUUACGUCUCGUUAAUACCAUCGUUGGAAUUAAGAUAGGUAUAUAUAAAAACAAUAUCGAUUCAUCCAGCAGAGAAACAAAAUAAAGACAGAUAUAUCUGGCUUUUUUAAGCGAAAUGAGUGAUAUUGCCAAGAUGGAAGAAUUUUAUACAAAGACCAUCAAAGUGGAGAUAGAUGCAGAAGCAGACGAUUCAUUGCUAGAAGAUCAAUCUAAUAUUUUGAAAAAAGGGACCAUUAUCAAAAGUACCAAUGAAGAUGUGCAACGUGCUAUCGAAGGUCUCAAGGAAAUACCCGAUGAAGAACUUCAAGAGUUCUUAGACGAUGACUUUAUGGAAGGUCUCAAUGUUGUUGAUGCUUGGGAAGGGGAGGAAGACAGGAAUCGCGAGGAGCAAAAACCUCGUGUUAAAGAGCACGAAGAGAGGCAACUAUCUAGGGAACGCUAUCGCAGAGAACGUAAACGGUCUUACAGUCGUGAGAAACCGAAACGAGAGGAAAAGAAACGUGAGGAAAUUCGCCGUGACCCAUCCAAGAGCACAAAGGACAUAGAGAGAGAUAAAAUGCGUACGAAAAGGGACAACGAGAGUAAAUUGUUGGCGGAAAAAGAAAAGGCCAUAAAGCACUUACUCGAUUCCGACAACGUAGUACCACCAGGUACCGAAAGUGAAGCUAUUCAGAGUAUCACGGAAAAACAAAACGAGGAACGAGUACAAAUUCGUAAUCGAAGAAGUAGAGAACGUCGGAGAAGUCCUGAAAGACCAAAGUUAAGUCCAGUACGUAGAAAAAGUUACGAUCGAUUUAGAGCAAGCCCUCAUAGAAGAAUUUUGAGUCCUGUCCGUCGUAGGACGCCCUUUAGAAUGAGCCCAGAAAAAAGGAGAAGUUCUCCGAGAAUAAAUUGUGAUCGUAGAAGUCCUCUCGUAUUGUCGCCCGAAAGAAGAAGAAGUCCGUACAGGCGAUUGAGUUGGGAACGAAGAUUAAGUGCGGAUAGGAGAUGGAGUGCCGAACGACAUAGAAGAAGAACGGAAACGCAUGAACGACGAAGAAGUCGAUCUCGUGAUCGGCAACGAAGUCGCAGCGUGGAACGUUUUCGAAGAAGGUCCCGUUCGCCGAUUAGCAGGAGAUACAGUCCAAGACGUCGGAGUCGUACGCGUAGCAGAUCGUUGGAACGACGUACCAGGAAACGAUCGCCCUUCAUCAACGAACUUGCCAGACAAUUGCGAAACGAAGCUAUGAUAUCGAAUUCUACGUAUAUAUCAGCGUCGUCGAUGGAAGGAAUAUCACCGAUCAUGAAUGCACCUGUAUAUACGCAAGAGGGAGAAAUUCGAGCACCAUUGUCGCAGCCUUACAUGCAUCAGGGUGGACCACCGACGGCAGCGCAACCCGCGCCACCACCACCACCACCACCACCGCCACCACCGCCACCACCACCGCCACCAUCAUCAUCAUCAUCAUCAUCAUCAUCAUCAUCAUCAUCUUCCGUUUUACCAAUGUCAUCGGGUGUGCCGCAAUUUAUGAAUUUCGAUAUUCCUGCACCACCGUCGUCAAUGGGCUUCGACGGUGGUACUUUACAUCCAAUGCCGCCUGCUCAUUAUUCCUCCGGACCCGUAAUGUACAAUCACAAUACGGUACAAACGAAUGCAGGAAUGACGAGCCAACCAGGAACCAGAGUUAACUUAAUUCCUGCGGCGCAACAAGUUACGCCACAGCCAGUGCCUGCGCCAGGAACGAUGGAUCAUACGGCGGUCAUGGGAUACGUUCCGCAGCACGGUUUACCUCAGGUCGUUUCACACCUGGACCCAUCCAACGGGAAUCCUGCAAACGCCUCCGCGAUCCUUUCGCCGUCAUCUCCAAACUACAAAGACCAUAGGACAUCGUUAUCGUCGCACAACGGAUAUCAGCCUCGUGAAGAACGCUUGAAGACUCCCGAACCACCGGUCAUCUCCGAUACCAAACAAUUUGAAAAGACCAGCUUGUCCAGUCUACUGGAAGCGUCUGUUUCCGCUAAAGAUUCGUCUAGUCCUCCGGUCUUAUAUCCAGGAUUCAAGCCAGAAAUACUACGGCAUUGCGAGGAAGCGCUACGUGAACUUCCAAUCGAAGAUCCACGUUUAAAAAUGAAGGGAAGAUUUUUCUUUGACCCUAAGAAGGGAGAUGGUAAUAACAAGUACGAGGAAUAUCCUUCGAAUUCUAUACUCUUGCAGAAAGGCAAUAGGAUAUGUUGGGAGGAGGAAGAUGCGGUACAACAGUACAAUGCCUCUGUGACAAAGCAAGCCGUGCAAAUGCACCAAAAGAUUUGUCAAACCGAAGAGAUCGAAACCGAUACAAAGUACGUGGAAGCGCGCGUCGAUAUGAUCGAUUUUCAGAUGCAAGUAUAUCCAGACGACAUUGAGGAGUCAAUCAAAGAACAAAGGAGAUCUAUCAUGGAUAGACUCGAUUGGAAGAUACGAGAGAAACAUCGAGAGACAGAUGACUUAAGGUGGAGCUUAACGAAUUCCUCACAAAAACGUUUGUGGAAGAAGGGAUUGUCGCCUGGUAGGAGAUCGGUCGAACGCGAGCAUCAUCUCGAAGCCGUACCAUCGCCCGAACAUCCAUCGAGAAACUUUAAAAUGAACUCCCCUAUGAGAAGUAGAGAUAGCUAUUCUAAUCCUAGGGGAUCGUUUCGCGAUAAUUACGUUCGCGACAGAUAUUCGCCGAAUUGCGGACGUUCGACGAACAUUGACGAUUUUCGCGAGAACAGAAGUGAUCGCAGUCACGGCGAAAGCCCGAUGAAAUUGGAGGAUUCCGAGGAAGAUUCGGACAAUACGUUUACAUUCCAAAGAGAUAUAUUAGAUUGGUAUGGAAAAGGAAAACCGUUUCGAGGGAAGACAACCAAUUCGACGAGAGGGAAAUGUUCGGGAAGUAGACCGUCUCGUAGACGAUGCGAUUUCAACAAGUUCUAAUCUCAUGUAGAUUGUACGUAUGGUAGAUUAAAUAUAUUGGAAAUAAUUAUACAGUCCGUCGUAUGGUACGAAAUCGAUGGUUAACUAUGUAAAGAUCAGACUGUAUAUUGUUAUUUAAAAAACAAAAAAGAAAAAAAAGAAAAAAAAAAGAAACGAACAGACCGAAACGAAAUAAUAAUAAUAACAAUAAUAAUAAUAAUGAUAAUAAUAACAAUAAUAAUAAAAAUAAAAUCGUCGCGUACAUAUAUAAAUAUAUAUAUAUAUAUACAUAUAUUUAUAUAUAUAUAUAUAUAUAUAUAUAUAUAUAUAUAUUGACGAUCAAUUGUACCGUUCGACACGAGUCUCUAAGGAUAACAUUUUUUUCGACGCGUAAAAAAAUACGCGAACCCGUUGACUAAGUGCGUGCAUGAAAUUUCCAAAAGUGCGAGGAUAGAGGGAAAACACGAUUUACUUGCUCUGCACAAAGAAAAAAAGAGAAAAUAAAAAAUAUUGUAACACGGUGCCUAUGAAAAGCAUCGAGUCGCAAUCUGUUUUUUUGCCAUAACUCUUUUUUACAUUCUCUGGUGGCCUUUUUAUUCCGUUUUUAUAUCAUUUUACCAAAAAGUCAACGUGCGAACAUUUUUUUCAUAUCGAUCGCUUUUGCGUAUAGUUGUCGCAAAAAAUCGGUUGCAUCGACGUCUUACGUGACUAUCGUAUAUCGUUCGAAAAGAAAGCCAGGAAAAGUGUUUUUAAUGCUAUGGAAAGAUUAUGUUUUUUCAAAUAUACAUCCACAUCGAUGAUC